AUGGGGAUAUUCACUAAAGAUCCCAAUGACAGGAACGUCUACGGGAUAAAGUUCAAGUGGACACCCGAGCAUCUUACACCCGAGGACUUACACCCCUUGAUCUACACAUACGACAGGUUGACAACAGAAGCGGUAGAGAGACUUGAUGAAUUGGUCCCUCCUAGACCGGUUGAUCUCAGCAAGCGCAGACAAGACACAGAUGAACCAAUGGAGUCGAAACCCCAUCGAGACACUUACAAGUUAAUACAAGAAUAUGCCAAAACAGACGAAACUGUUGGCAAAUUGAGGGCCCAGUUGGAAACCAUCCCGGAAUGGGUUGAUUGGGAUCAAAUCGAACGCGGACAGAAAGUCUUCUGGCGUUAUGGAGGAGCAGGCAUCACUGCGCUCACGUACUUGUCCUUGCUCGGGGGCAUGGGCAGUGGAAGAACCGUCGAGACCCUUGACCGCACCGGCGGUUUCGCAAUCAAAGUAGUCCGGCGGCGGCUGCUCGAAACAACCCAGCACACCCUCAGCGUACAUAGAGACCUCGACUCUAUUAAGCCCGGCGGCCAAGGCUAUAUGUCCUCCAUCCGCGUACGCCUACUCCAUACCUCAGUUCGCCGACGAAUACUCGCCCUGUCCAAAGCCAACCCCGGGUACUACGAUGUCGAGGCCUACGGCGUCCCCAUCAACGACCUCGACUGCAUUGGCACCAUCAAUACCUUCAGCGCCACAUUGAUCUGGAUAGGCUGGCCACGACAGGGCAUCUACCUCCGCGAGCAGGAGAUUGUCGAUUAUCUGGCUCUGUGGCGCUACGUCGCCUAUCUGAUGGGCACGCCGCACGACUGGUUGGCCACCCCAAACGAGGCCAAGAAGAUGAUGGAGUCUCUUCUCGUAUCAGAGAUUAAGCCGACGAGGAAAUCUGUCACGCUGGCGCAUAACAUCAUCACGGGACUCGAAGGCCAUCCGCCGACGUAUUCGUCGAGGGGGUUUCAAGAGACUGUGACGUACUGGUUGCUCGGCCGCGAACUGGCGCGGGACUUGGGUAUUGAGAAGCCGACUCUAUAUUACAACUGCUUGGCGGCUGGGCAAUGUCUGCUGUUCAUGGUGACGAGUUAUGUCAAUCGGAGCAUUCCGUCUUGGGACGAACGCAACAUCAGGUUCACCCGCAAGUUACUGUACGAGUUCCUCGUCCGCAACAAAUCCAGGGGUGCUCUUGGGUACGAGGCGAGAUUCAGCUUGAAGUGGGUUCCUAACCUAGUCAACAUGACAACACCCUUGGGAAUCCAGGUAGCUUCGCAGCGCAAUAAAUCGGGAAUUUCGAAACCGGGAAUUGAGAGGAGUGCCCUCUUCGUCUUGAUCUUUGCUUGUGCUGUGGUCGUUGCAGGCGCGUGGGUUGGUGUCAGUGUCGCCAGGUUAUUGGCCCUAACGAGUGGGGUGGACUUGGGGAGGGCGAAGAGCACCUUGGUUAGACUGGCUGAUCAUAUGACUGGUUAG